CGCACGUCAAGAGAGAGAGAGAGAGAGAGAGAGAGAGAAUGAACGAACGUGGACGGUUCGAACGAGCUGAGGCCAGAGACGGACCGCCCGGUGACGAACAUCGUGUUCUGUGAGCUCGGUCACCAGGCAGCUGUUGAUUUUUAAACUUCCCCUGAGAAUAUACUUGAGUUUUAAGGGUCGUUUCGAGGUUAACUUGCCCCCCCCCGUCCCCCGUUGUGCUGUGGUGGUUCGCUUUGAGGAAGCAGCUCGGCUAGCCAGCUGAGUUAGCCUGUUAGCUUGCCAGCGAUGGGGGCCAGAGCGAGUCGUCUACAGGAGGAGCCGGUUCCCUCGACCUACGGCAAAGAUGCCCCGAAGCGGGAUUCCUACCGGCGGCCCCGCUGCGCAAGGCCCACCAGCCUCAUGGUCGAAUUCUCGGCGAGCUUCGAGGACGCGGAGGCCCACCGGAGCCGAUCGGAGGAGGGCAGCGACUCGGACCCGGGGCAGCAGGGGGCCAGCGCCGACGGGAGCCCCGGCGACCAUCGCAGCAUCCCCUCCAGCGUCGGACCCGCGUCCCCCGCGGACGACGACUGCAGCGAGGGGAAGCCCGAGGAGGACGGAGAGGACGCGAGCCCGGAGGCCCCCCCAGCGGCAGCAGCUGCUGCAGCAGCGGCGGCGGCGGCGGAGGAGCAUCCCGCCGGGGAGGAGACAGGCCGCACGCCCCACCGCACUUUUUCCGAGCGGCUGCCCGGGAAUCGGCACUCUUCCGCCCGCAGCGUGGGGGCAAGGUCCGCCCGGGUCCGCAGCACACACCAGCGGCCGGUGUCAGAGGCUUGGAUCGGCCUGUACCGUGUUAACAACCGGCAUGGCAAUAUCCGCUGUCCUUUCUGCUCCAAGUCCUUCCCGGGGGGCCGGAUCGAGGAUCACCUGUUGAGCUGCCUCACGUCUCCUCCGCUGCCGUACAAUACGGACGUGCUCUGUAAAGACAGCGGCGAGUGCUCCAUCUGUUUGGAGGAUCUGGCACAGGGAGAGACCAUCGCCAGGCUGCCUUGCCUCUGCGUCUACCACAAGAGCUGCAUCGAUUCCUGGUCCAAAGUGAAGCCCUGCUGCCCCGAGCAUCCCUUCGACUGACGGGGGGGGGGGGUCACACGUAUUCUGCACAGCGACCAACCCGACUCAGGAGACUUCACUGAAACCCAAUAAAUUCCCAAUAAAAAUGUGUAAUUGAACAAACAAAAGCCCACUUUCCUCCUCAGACAGACUUGUAUCCUCGAAGGCGGGAGAGGGGCUUGCGAUCCAAAGAAGAAGCUCCAGUGAGCGACGCUCCCCCGUUGGAUUGGUCCAUUUUGAACUCGGAGCGGACCAUUUCACGAUGGACUACCACAAAAACAGCUGCGCCGUCUCCGUCUAACCUCUGGUCGAGACUCUGGAACACGAGUGGAGAAGGUUUCUGAGGAAUAUAUUCAUCGAUAGAUCUAGAUAUAUCCUUUUCCCCCAAUGCAUUUUCAUCCCACAAAGAUCUUGAACUUGGAGAGGAGGACAAAAAAAGCAUAAUUAUGGCUCCGCCUCCCCUCCCGUUUAGUUUGUCUCCCUCCAAGCGGCAUUUGGUCGUUUUAUCGAGUAUUUUGCAGAACGAGUAUUGUUCCUUGUCGUCCAUCGGAUGAGUGUUUUCUUUCCUCGGCGAUCCCCCAAAAUGAACCACCCUCGCACCGAAGGCAUGAACUGCAACCACAUUGCUUUAUUGUGAACCAGCCGGAGGUCGAGCGCUUCUUUUUGGUGACUGGGGGGGCUGCCGUUACUAGAGGACUUCUUUUUUAUAUAUAUAUAUAUAUAUAUUACCGGUUAACAUUUCAGGGGAAGUUUGUGGGCUAAUUGUUUUCUGUUUGAGGUGGUCAGUUGGCGUUGGAGUUUAAUGUGCUGCUACGUGCUGAGUGUUUGCACCGAUAUGAGCACUUUUGCCUCUUUUGCAGAUUCUUUUUUUUAUUUGUUUUUGUUUCGCAUAAGGUGUGUGUGCUAGUUGUGUGUGUGUGUGUGUGUGUGUGUGUGUGUGUGUGUGUACUGUAAAUUGCACAGACGUCUGCCUGGUCAAGCGAGUCACCAGUUUUAAUUUGUAAUGCUGGUUUUUAACUGCCCGUGGCCUCGGUACGCGUCGCCAUGGCGACAGCUCACACGGUCACGUUCCAAUCCGCUUUUAGUUGCUUUGGUCCCACUUGGGCCCUUCUCAUUCUCGAACACUCUCUGGGGGACGUGGGGGGGGGGGGGGGGGGAAUUUUGGGCCGGAACCCCCGCGAAAAUUUUGCCACUCGGUUUCACUAGUGCCAGAUUGAGGAGGGACAACGGGGCGGACGGGUUGAGGGGUGUAUUUUUGGGGCAUGUUCGCACCAUGUGGCAUCUGCUUCUCUCCCCAACGCUGGAGGCUAUGGACAGCUGAUGAUGAAUUAUUACAAAACUAGCCUCCGCCCCGUGCCCCCUUCUCUACAAAUAAAUGGAUAGGAUUUUUUGAUAUUGUAUCAAUGCAUAAUAAUCACUGGCCAAAUCUGUUCAAUAGCUUUUCUUUUGCCUAUUUUCCCCGUGUGGUGUUCCUUUGCCUCGUGAUGGGUUCUUGUGCAGGCGGGUAUUUGUUGUGUUUGUUUAGGGAUGAUGCGCUCUUACACUCUGGCUAGUUUGUUCACCCCGGCCUCCUUUUCUCCCCCCGUCCCUGGUGCUCUGCACCCGGAGGUGCUAUGACUCGUCUGGCCACUAGAGAGCAGACGUGUGCACGUAUUUUUGUAUUGGAGAGUAAAGAAAACUAAUGCCAAAGUCUGUCUGAAUUUGGGAGCAUCGUGUGACGUCUGUGGUGUAAAGUUAUGGUGUUUUAUGCUUUGCAUGGGAGGUGUGUGUGUGUGUGUGUGUGUGUGUGUGUGUGUGUGUGUGUGUUGUCAAUCAAAGAUAAGAUAAGACACUCCAACAGUUCUCUCCACUUACUAUCUGAGCCGCGUGGUGCCAAACCUCAAUGAUUAGCGGCGCUCACUGGAACCAAGGACGGUGUUUUGUAGAAAUGUCCCCGAAUCCUCGGUUUUGAAUCGCAGGCCACUGAUCACACAUCCGCCGUGUCCUUUUCGGUGUAUUAGAAGAGGAUGUUUUUUCAAAGAGUCGACACAUUUGCACCCCCGAGAUAUGGACAAUCUGCCUUUUACUCUGGUAUAAAAAUCAAAAUUAAUUUAUUAAAUUGUAAAUAUGUAAUGCAUUUCAAGAAAAUGGCUUGGUCCUUGUCUGUUCAAUAUACUGUUUCUAAGCUCGACCUUUUGUAUGUCUCAGAAAUUGUUUUUAUAUGUAUUUUUUACAAUAAAUAUGUGUGAGCGAUG